GAACCGGGCCCGACCUCUUUCGUCAAUCGUCGUCCUGCGCUGCGCCAGCCGGCAGCCGACUCUGUUCCGCUCUCGUUGACUUUUCUCAAAAACCGGAAGCAUUUCGCGUCUCGAGAUCCAUAAAUAGUACCACCAUUACCAUCCAGCAGCAAGCCAUCCUGGUCCUGCGUUGAAUCUUCAUCGUCGCUCUGGAAAAACAUAAUCAGGAAUUUCACUGGUAGCUAAGAUCUGUUAUUUUGGACAAUGAGUAGGCCUCAAGUGAGAUGGAAUGAAGACAACUUGUAUGAAAUUGAAGCCAAUAAACCAGUGAGGCAGAAAAUAACUGAACCUAAAACACCUUAUCAUCCUAUGGUUGAGGAUGAUGCUUGUUUAUCGCCAAGAAGAGCUUUUGAUGAAUGCUUGGAAAAGGAAGAAGCUAUGGGUAUCACUUCAGAUGAUUCGUCUUCUUCAAGGAAAUUUUUUUCUGAGAAUGGUGCUUGGACAUCUAUGGGAGUGGAAACUAAUGCCAUGGAGCAAGAUGAAGAUUCUGAAAUGGAUAAAUCAAGACUAAGUUUCAAGGAGCAUCGCAAGGCUCACUAUGAUGAAUUUCGGAAGGUAAAGGAGCUCAUACGGUCAGGAUCCCUCACAGAUGUCAAAGCAACUGAAGAUCAUAAUCAGAAAGAAUACACCAAGGCAAUAGUUUGACACAGGUAAAUGACAUAAUGCGAGAUCAAUGACAUUGAGGAAUAAUUGUAUUUGAUGGCAUGGAGCUUCCUACUGGAUUUUGCUUGACUGUUAAUGUGGUAAAUAUUACAUUGUGUUGCUCAAAGUUUGAGCUGUUUUGUGUGCUUCAGAUUGUUACUCUGUUACAUAUAAGAGAUGGUGUCAGUUGUUCCGGAACAGGUGGUUGAUAUUGUGAUUAGUUUGUGUUGACAUCGUAUGUUCAACUAAAGCUUAUUUAGAAGGUACCGAAGCCAGAGUCUGUACCUUUCAAAGCUCAU